ACAACUGUCGGUCUGCCUAAUUACACAGUUUCGCUUCUACUGCGAUCUCUAGCAUUAUUUAUCCUCUUCAUUACGGCGGCCUCGUCACGCCGCCUUCAUUCCCUCCGCCUCUCCCCCCCACCGGUCCCCGUCAUCAGUCGCCAUGGCCGACCAGUUCAAAGCACGCACCCUGAAGCGCAAGAAUGUCAAGGGACUUGCCUUGAAUGCUGCUCCCAAACCCGCCUCAAACCCAAGCGAUGGUGAUUCUCAAGCUUCCGGCGCUGUCGGCAACGCCGAAACCACCCGCACCGACACCCUCGAGAUUGGCCUGGAGUUUCGACUUGACCUGCGGAGUGAAGAUCUCAUUACUUUGAAGGAGUUAGGCGCGGGUAAUGGUGGCACAGUCUCGAAGGUCAUGCAUGCGUCGACCAAGGUCGUCAUGGCCCGGAAGAUCAUUCGUGUCGAUGCCAAGGAGAAUGUGAGGAAGCAGAUUCUACGAGAGCUCCAAGUGGGCCAUGACUGCAACUCCCCCAACAUCGUGACUUUCUACGGAGCGUUCCAGAAUGAAGCUCGGGAUAUUGUGCUAUGCAUGGAAUACAUGGACUGUGGCUCACUCGAUCGAAUUUCCAAAGACUUCGGUCCUGUUCGGGUAGACGUGCUUGGCAAGAUCACCGAGUCGGUGUUGGCCGGUCUCGUCUAUCUCUAUGAAGUCCACCGAAUCAUGCAUCGCGAUAUCAAGCCGUCUAACAUCACGGUCAACUCACGCGGAAACAUCAAGCUGUGCGAUUUUGGUGUCGCUACCGAAAUUGUCAACUCUAUUGCCGAUACCUUCGUAGGCACUUCGACCUACAUGGCUCCUGAGCGAAUCCAAGGAGGCGCUUAUACAGUCCGCUCGGAUGUGUGGAGUGUGGGACUGACGGUAAUGGAACUGGCUGUCGGGCGCUUCCCGUUUGAUGCCUCGGACUCGGCGGCAGGCGAUCGCGCCAGCGCUGGCCCAAUGGGGAUUCUGGAUCUGUUGCAGCAAAUUGUGCACGAGCCUGCCCCGAAGCUGCCCAAAAGCGACGCUUUCCCACCCAUCCUCCACGAGUUCGUCGCCAAGUGUCUUCUGAAGAAGGCGGAGGAGCGACCAACACCACGGGAACUUUACGACAAAGAUGCAUUCCUGCAGGCCGCCAAGCGGACCCCAGUAGAUCUUCAGGAAUGGGCCAUCAGUAUGAUGGAGCGACACAACCGGAAGUCAUACCUCGCCCCUCCGGCGCCCAAAUCACUCAAGGAUGAUAUGCAAUUCUCCUCUUCCUCUCACCAGCCCAGCCCCGCGGUCAAGCCUCCUGUUAGUAGUAAAGCCCCCGUUGGCAAACCGUCGCGCACUCCGCAGUACGCCUCUCCCUCGUCCUCGUCCGGCGAUAUUCCCGUCAUGGGUCACGACAUGCCCGCACACUACGCCCACAACUACGUUCCCGCCAACCCCUCGCCCCGGCCCCGACGAACCACUCGCUCUCCACCCAUAUCUUUGGAACACCUGUCGCUAGAGAACCGAGAGGAGGAGUAUCGCUCUGGCCGACGGCCUUCCCGCACCCCCGUGGGUGGCCCUUCCCCGGGGUUGGAACCUCCCAUGCAUCCCAUGAGCUCCCGCUCAGCGAGCUCCCACAACACUAAAUCGAGAAUGCCGCUGCAGUCGGCAGCUGCCCUCCCCGUGCGCUCACCGCACAACGGUCCGUCUUCGGGCUCCAGCGGCAGUGGUUCCUGGCAGCGGUCUAUGCGCGGCGAUCAUAUGACCGGUGCUGUCUAAACGAAUUCAUCGUUGAUGCAGGACGUCUCUUUGUCUUCAUGCCAACAUGCUCCCCUUCCUCACCCUUUGCAUCAUCAAGGCGUAAUUCCAUCAUUGGCCAUCAAUGUCUUCUGUCUUUCACCAUUGUCCCAGCCUCUUUUAUCAACCUGGCAUCUCUUCUUCUAUCUACAUACAUAGCUAU